UAAAGCUCUGGCUUCAGCUCUGAGAUCAAACCGUUCACACCUGAUAGAGCUGGAUCUCACAGGAAAUGAUCCUGGACAAUCAGGAGUGAAGGAGCUCAGUGACUUACUACAAGAUGGAGUCUGUUCAUUAAAGACCAUCAGGUUUUUGAAAAGUCCUGCUGCAGAGGAAGCGUGUGAGUAUCUCACUGGAGUUUUGGGUAAAAGUCCAUUACUACUGAAAGAACUGGAUUUGAGUGAAGAUAAAUUAGGAGAUCUGGAUGGGGAGAAACUCUCUGCUCUUUUGAUGGAUUCUCAUAGCAAACUGGAGAAAAUAAUGCUGAAUAAUUGUGAGCUGACGGAGAAAAGCUGUUCAGUUCUAGCUACUGUUCUCUCCUCCAAAACCAUCCUGAAAGAGAUGAACCUGAACAACAGUCGUCUGCUGGACUCAGGAGUCAAAGAGAUCUGUGAGGGACUGAAGAAUCCUGUGUGUGAGCUAAAGAUACUGAAACUCUCAGACUGCAGUAUCACUGAAGAAGGUUAUAAAGCUCUGGCUUCAGCUCUGAGAUCAAACCCUUCACACCUGAUAGAGCUGGAUCUCACAGGAAAUGAUCCUGGACAAUCAGGAGUGAAGGAGCUCAAUGAUUUACUACAGGAUCCAAACUGUCAACUCAAGACACUGAGGUUUUUGGGUCCUGCUGCAGAUGAAGCCUGUCAGUAUGUGACUGGAGUUGUGGGUAAAAACCCGUUACUCCUGAGAGAGCUGAAUCUGAGUGGACAUGAACUAGGAGACGCACGAGUGAAUCAGAUCACUGCUCUACUGCAGGAUAAACACUGUCAACUCAACACACUGAUACUCUCAAACUGCAGUAUCACUGAAGAAGGUUAUAAAGCUCUGGCUUCAGCUCUGAGAUCAAACCCUUCACACCUGAUAGAGCUGGAUCUCACAGGAAAUGAUCCUGGACAAUCAGGAGUGAAGGAGCUCAAUGAUUUACUACAGGAUCCAAACUGUCAACUCAAGACACUGAGGUUUUUGGGUCCUGCUGCAGAUGAAGCCUGUCAGUAUGUGACUGGAAUUGUGGGUAAAAACCCGUUACUCCUGAGAGAGCUGAAUCUGAGUGGAUGUAAACAAGAAGACACAGGAGUGAAUCAGAUCGCUGCUCUACUGCAGGAUAAACACUGUCAACUCAACACACUGAAUCUGUUUUAUUGCAGUAUUACAGAGAAACAGUGUCUCAUCCUGACUUCAGCUCUGAAAUCAAACCCAUCACACCUGAGAGAACUGAACCUGAGCUGGAAUCAAAUAAAAAACACAGGAGUGAAUCACUUAUGUGACGUACUGAAGGAUUCACACUGUAAACUGGAGAGAUUGAGUUUAAGUGACUGUGAAAUGACAGAUGAAGGUUGUUCUGCUGUGACUUCAGCUCUGAAAUCAAACCCAUCACACCUGAGAGAACUGAACCUGAGCUGGAAUAAACUAGGAGACUCUGGAGUGAAAAACCUCAGUGAUCUACUGAUGAACACACAAUUCAAGCUGGAGAAACUAGAUCUGUGUGGAUGCAGUAUUACAGAGAAACAGUGUCUCAUCCUGACUUCAGCUCUGAAAUUAAACCCAUCACACCUGAGAGAACUGAACCUGAGUGUGAAUCAAAUAAAAAACACAGGAGUGAAUCACUUAUGUGACGUACUGAAGGAUUCACACUGUAAACUGGAGAGAUUGAGUCUUUCUGACUGUGGAAUUACAGAUGUUUCUUCUUUAACUCAGUCUUUGACAAACACAAAAGCACUGCAGUUUCUAAAAGAGCUUCAUCUGAGAAACAAUAUGAUUGGAGACUCAAAGCAGCAGCUCAUUGAUGUGCUACAAGACUCAAACUGUAAACUGAAGUGAGUAAACUUCACUUUCUGAUA